CUGGGACCUCGCGAGACGCGUUAUGGUAGAAAUUUAACCCGGAAAUUGGUUGAUUUUAAAAUAAUAUUUACGAUUAUUGAAUAAUUAUUUAUGCAGUUUUUAUUGCAUUUUGUUUUUCAUCUUGUUUUUGCUCUUAUCGUCUGUUGGUUUGUUUCUGCAUCCUUUGAUAGAAGAGUAAUUUUAUUUUGAUUUUGUUUACCAACCACCCCGACAGCAGCGACUGGACAUUUUUUACAUCAAUAUUAAACAAGUUCAACAUUUGUUUGUGUGGUCAUCGUCGUACGUAGUGGUUAGACUAGCCUACAUUACAUCAUUCCAUCUGAGCCCACGCCUUCGAUUUCAGACUUACUUCACAUACGGAAGGCCUAGAAAGGAGGCCUGGUAUUUGACUAGUAAGAUUCAGUAUUCCGUAUAAAGACUUCCAGUGUUUUUUUUUCCGUAAUGGGGAAUCUACUCAAAAUUCUGGCUGGUAAAGAGGAGGACGCCAAUCGUACCGACUUCUUCCUAGACUUUGAAAAUGCCACACCAACAGAAGAGGAGCAAGCUGUAUGGGAUGAAGUAAAAACCCAGAUCGAUAAAUUUCCAGAAAUCCUUGAUGACCUUCGGAAUUAUCAAGGAGCUGGAGAUGAAAUUCGAGAAGCUAUUUCAAAUCCAAGGAACGAGGAGCUUCAAGAAAUUGCUUGGCGUGCGGUGUGCCCUCUUGUAACAAAAUUGAAAACGUAUUAUGAUUAUUCAUGCAAAUUAGAGCAUGUUGUAGAGCAACUUUUAAGUGUAUUGUGUUCAGAUGGAAUGUCACCAACUCAACAUCUUGAAACACAACAAGCACUCGCUAAGCAGUUUGCAGAGAUUCUUCACUAUACACUUACAUUCGAUGAUUUAAAGAUGACCAAUCCCGCAAUUCAGAAUGACUUUAGUUAUUAUAGGAGGACAUUGAACAGAAAGAAGAUGGUAAACCAGGAUGAUGAUGAAUCCGAAUUAGCAGUUAGUAAUGAAAUGGCAAAUAGAAUGUCACUGUUCUAUGCCCAGGCAAAUCCAAUGCUCAACACCCUCAGUACUGUUACAGCUAGAUUUGUUGUAGAGUCAAAAUCUCUACCAGUCGAGAACACCACAGAUUUAUUACAUACAAUGGCAACAGUAUGUAAGGUAAUGAUUGACAAUAGGGAUUAUCAAUCAAGGUUUCAGAAUGAUGAUACCUUGUUGUUUUGUCUUCGUGUCAUGGUUGGCUCCAUUAUUCUAUUUGAUCAUGUUCAUCCUGUCGGAGCUUUUGACAAACGUGCCCCAAUUGAUAUUAGGGGCUGCAUAAAAGUACUAAAGGAUCAACCUGCUACUAAAGUAGAAGGCUUACUUAAUGCAUUAAGGUACACAACAAAACAUCUGAAUGACCCUACCACACCAGAGAGAAUCAAGACAAUGCUGGAAUGUUAGCAAAUUUGAAAUGCUUGAAUAUCAGAAUGAAGCUGUCACUGGCAUUUAGAUACUGUACCAUGGUGCAGAAACCCAACCUGAACAGUGCGUGUAUGAGGAAAAUGGUGCCAGAAACGAAGAGAGUAUCAAUCGUCUGCUUUCUAUUUUGGACUGAACUGAAGAAAGACUAAGUAUAAUAGUUAUGUGUAAACCCUAUCCAAGUUCUCACCACCCCCUUGCCCAGUGGCUUAUCUAUUGAGGCAAUAAAGAAUAGUACCAGGCAGACUUCAGUAAACAAAAUUGUCCAUGUGUAAACAAACAAAAUGAGGAAUGCUACAUACUGUACUAAAAAUAUCAGGAAAAAAUAUUAUUCCCAUGAAGAUGGAAGGGAUCGGAUGAGGUAUUUCUAGAUAUUUUAUAUGAAUUUUGUUUAUAAAAAAAGAAAUUGGUCAAAAAUGUUGUAAUCAAAUUUGUGUAGAUUUAAUUGCAUUGUCAGAUUGUGUGAUUUUGGUAAUACAUUCCUUAAAUCAAAAUAUCAAUUUGUAGUCAUUAUAGACUAUUUUGGGGUUUUUUUUUUUGUUCGGAUAUGAGUGUGAAUAGACAUUUUUAUUAGAAUUAGGCAUAUGCUUUGAGUGUGAAUAUAGUUUUUUGUGUCUACUGCUGCCGCAAGGGCUUUAGUCACUUAGUUAUCGUCUCACAUGUAAGUUGUGAGAGUAAAUCCGGUUUGAGAUUUCAAAGUUCAAAGAGAGGAAUUAUGGGAUACCAUUACAUCAUAAUAAGGUGAAUUAUAUCGAGGAGUAGAUACAUGCUUCCACUGGGAUCUAAUUUUGAAACUUUGCUUCUGAGUAGAUACAGUUAUUAUACUGAAGUUUGACUAAACUUUAUGUUUGUAGUAAUAUGAAUUAACAAAUUGUUGGUAAUGAACUUUGCACCAACAUUACAUACACACUGUAUAGCAGUAUGAAUAGAAUAUACACUCAGAUUUCACAAACGUUUACCUAUUGCCCUGUAGUUUAUAGGCUAUUAUAUACCUUUUACAAAUAUUCUAGGCAUCUGAUUGGUUGAGAAGCAGGCAAUAGAAAAUAUUAUUCCCCUGAAAAGUAGUACUUUUUCAACCUGUUGCAUGGUACAAACUCUAGGCCCCACCAUCGCGCUGACAGUAGAGGGCACUGCAACCUCUACAACGAAAGAGACUUGCCCUUGACUGUGCCACGGACCAGCGAGUAGAUGAUAACCAAUAAUUAUGGAGGCAAAAACACCAAAAGACAAAUUAAAUAUGUUUGGUCAAUAGUUGACACAUAUUGCAAGAUGAUGGGUUGAAAUUGAGGAAAUGAGCCAAGAAGAGCUAGACACACUCUUUGAUCGCCUAGUUAGUAGGCCUCAAGGCUAGGCUAGGAAGUACACUGUAAGUACUUUGUUACUCCUCGUAGAAUCUAUGUAUGAGGUAUAUAAAACAAAUAUUGACUUCUCUAGAUUCGGAGAACGGUGAAAUCUAUUGCCUCGCUGUGAUGUGAGCCUGUAGCCUUCGGCCCUCGGGAAGAUAGGCUACGAUCUCUACACCACCUCAGGGCAAUAGAUUUCACCAUCCACCUCAGGAGCAGUCAAUAUUUGUAUACUAUUUUUAAGUGGAAAAAUAUAGGCUUAAAAUUACAGUGGAACCAAUAAACCACUUUUGUAUUGUUUUUUUUACAAAAAUUAUAUUUAAUUGCCAUCCAGCAGUCAGUCACUCACCAUGUAAAGGAUCAAAUGUCCUAAAACCUGUGAUUUCUCCAUAUAUGGUUAUGAUACCGUAUCAUGCCCAUAUAUGAAUGUGAUAUGAAAUCGUUAUGAAAUAUUGUGACUUGUGGUUUAUUAGCACAAACACCAAGUACUAAAUGGAAAAUAUACACGGAAUAGGCAGCCUUUCUGGGAUUAUUUAAGAACUCUUACUUGACAACCACAUAGAGUAUUGUACAUUAAUCCAUUUUAUAAAUUUUUGAACUAAUCUAAUCAUCCAGAUGUUUAUUUCUGAUUCAUUGUUUAAAGCAUGAUUAGAAACCAGUAAAAACUGAAUGUUUUGGAUGUUAUGUAAAAUGAACUGCUUUUGUAACACAUGUUUACUACUGAAUGAAUAUUGGUUCAUAGGUUUUAAAUAUUGUCUUCACAAAAUCACAAAAAUUAAACAAUCAUGGCCACCAUGUGCCUUGAGGCCAUAACUUGGCGAUAUUUAGCUAUUAUAGGUGAAGCAGUUUAAUGAUAUGUAAGUGAUAUUUCAAUUACAUAUUAUUAGUGCAGCAUUAUUCAGUUCAUUAUCUGUUUUAUAUUACAAUUUCAAGAGCAUGGUUUGUAUGCAAUACUUCACCCUAUUAUAAGGAAAUAUUGAAUUAUUUAAUUAAAGGUGUAUGACUUGUUAUAGACAAAUAGUAUUAAAUGUAUAAAAAAGAAAAUAAUAUAGAAACAACACUUUUUUGAUACACCAGGUGUUGUUAAUUACCACUGCACUCUAAACAAUAUCUAAACAUAAUGUAUAAGAAAUACUGAUGUGUGUAUUUGUUACUUGGACUUGAAGUAUUUUACAAAUAAUUUUAGUGGCAUCAUCAUAAUCAUCAUCAUAUUCAUUGUCAUCAUCAUCAUCAUCAUCUUCAUCAUCAUUAUUAAUAUUAUUAUUUUUAUAAUCAUUAUGAUUCAGAUUGUUAUUAAUAAUAAUAGUAUUAAUUUCUUUCAUUCCCAAGUCUUUUAAAGCUGUAGGUUUUUUUGUUUAGUGCCUACCAACAGUUGUUAAUAGACUGUUAUUGUGUGCCAUAGUCAAUGUGCUUUUUUACACUCUAGACAUAAGAUGUAUGAUAGAGUACAAUUUGUCUUCUAGAUAUCCUGCGCAAUAUAAAUUCACUGGAUUGAUUUUAAGCGCUUUUUUUUUUGUCUUUUAUUGCAGAAUAUCAUUCGAUACUAAAUUUCUCUUCCUCCAUUUGCCUUUCCAAUAAAACGUGUGUGGUUGUCAUUCCAAUAAUGCUUAUAAUAAAUUGCCUUUACCAUGAAAAGAAUUUAUAAAAUGUAGUCCUUUCUUUUUAAGGCUGCCUAGGAAUAAUGUGCCACAUUACCAUUCUGUGUUUUUUUAAAUGAUAAUUCAUGAGUUAUUUAAUACAGGAACUUACUAGCAUGUAUGCUACACGCAAUGUCAGCGGUGGUGCCAACAGGGUCUCAAGGGGUUUCCCUGGAGCCACUCUCCUCAGUGCACCAUGCAAAUUUCUAUAUGUUUUAGGAAACAAAUAUGCAUAAUUAAACCCAUUUUCUGUUUGCUAUGCAGCUGUUUCAAAGAAAUUCCAAAUGUUUUCAGUAUUAUGUGAAUGUGGAACAUUACCAGUGACAAUCAGUUUAAUUAUACUUUAAUUUUUAAAUUUUUAUUGACACCUGCUUUUAUAAUAUUAAUCAUGGAGUUUUGUAAAAACAAUACAGAAAUAUAAUAAAUAAGGGUUGUAAUUUGGAGGUAAAAAGAUAAACAUUUCUAUUUCAGUUUAUUCUCAGAUUACAGGCCAGUAGUUGUGAUGUAUGAUGAACAAAAUGGAUGCUGUAGAGUAUCAUUGAAAAUAAUAGAUAGUUGUCUAGUAGUAGAACAAUAUUAUGUAGGUCUCUCCUUGGUAAUUAUGUUCACAUUUGAAAAGGAAAUAAUAUAGUUUGCUUCACUGCUUUUGUCUACUUACUAAUUGAUUGAAGUGUCAGCUUUUAUUCAAACUUCAAAAACAAGGGUUUGUGUUUCUACUUAACUGGUUGUACAGAUUUAUUACAAAGAGAUAUCUGACUUUAUAAACUUUGUAACUACAGUAUAUGUAGCAUAAGUAAUAAUGAUAUUUUUUUUUUUUUUUUUUUUUUUUCUGAUACUGUAUCAUACCAGGCCUAAUAAAGGAAAACAUGUUCUAGUUAAAGAUAUUUUUAUUUUUAAAGAUGAGAGAUAAGACCAUUUUUUUUUACUAAAAGCACCCACUACCGCCACAAAAAGUCAUGUUUUUACGUCUGAUAGAUUGUUAUGGCUGUGUUCAUUGCAAAAUUAGAAAAAAAUUGUCCAAAAUAGAUGAUGUAAUGAAAAAUAAUGAUUGUAUUUUUUUUUAUUUGGCCUAAGUAGUAGCAUACUUUAACAGUAUUCAUACAUUCCUAUUGGGUGUUGUUAUCGUCAACUUGAGUAUUCCAGUGUAAAGGUCUAUUAGUGCUAUAAUCAAUGUCACUGGUAAUAAGAAAACAAACCAUGGCACCCUCAUAAAUAAUGUAUUUUUUUCCAACUGUUUCUGUGUAGGCUACUGUAGUCUACUGUGUACUGUGUCAAAUUCAAGUCCCAAAUCUUCAUUUCUAUUUGUUCUAUUUCAUCUGCUGAGUUUCAAAUCUACACAAUUUUAGUGAUAUUUAUGAAUCAUUUUUAAUAGGCUUACUUUUAACUAUCAUUAUUAUAUUUUCUUUACAACAAAAAACAGCAUGUGACGCACGGAUUAAUGGAUGAUUAUAUAUUAUGGGUAUGUUUAUUGAGAAUUGGCAUUUAAGAUAUAAACUAAUAUUUAAUAAUUAAAAUUAACCUUUGAUAUAUGUGAAAAUAAUAUUUAGAGAAUUAUGGUAAUACAUAUUGUGGAAUUCAGAUCACCAUUGUUGGACUUACGUAAUUGCUGAAUAAUUCAGCGUUCUAUUUGAAUCAUACUGAGCCUCAUCCUUGUUUUAACAUCUCAAACCCAUUAUCGAUAUCUGGUUGAAAUGACAUCAUUUCAGAUAAAUUGAGAUUUGAUAAUGAAGCGCUUUCUAUUUGUAAUAGACAGAAAAUGCAUUAUUUGCAUAAACUUAGGAUGCUAAAUGCGACUGACGCUCCUCAGGUGUUAAAUUGGCUUUCUUUAGGGGGAAUUGCGAUUUUGAUUGUAUUGUAAAUAUUUUUCAAUUAUAUGAAAUUCAUGUUCAAAGUAUGUGUAAAUUCGUCACUUAAUUUAUAUUCGUUUUACUGCAACAUUGUAAUAUAUGCUUAUAGUUAUAAUGUAACCUAUACUAUCAAUUAUCGAUGUAUUAUUAUGAACGAACUCGUUGGUAUUUUAUAUCAGUUGGAUCAGUUAAAAACUGAUAUACAUUGCAAUGUAUACCGUUACUAUAAAGCUUUUGAAACAUUUUUAUUAUCUUUGCGUUUAUUCGUGUUGGCAUUGUUAUAAUAAGAAUCGUAGAGUACUAACUUCAAUACUUUGAGCCUCUUCAACGCUGAUCUAAUGACACUUGUUUCACUAAUUAGAAUAUUAAAAGUGCAUAAUUGAAUUUCAGAGCAUUUGGUAAAGUUUUGCUUGAAACGAUGUGCGAUGUUAAUUUAUUACUCUUUAUUUCCUCCUAUUGUACACCUAUUCUUAUAAAAUUUGAUGGUGUUUACUUUUCUGAGUUUUGGUUCAAACAACCAUUUUUCUUUCUUUCUAAUUAUUGUGUUUCAGGCAUUAAAAUUUAUAAUGCAAAUGCUGGUGUUGUAUUAUUAUAAUAACAAAUUUUUGUUAAAAGGUUUGGAAUUCACAGUUAAAAACAUGUAUUGAAGCAGCAUUUCAGCUGUUUUACAAUAAGAUAAAAAAAGGUGUUAAAGAUAACAUUUCUAAUGAAUUAAAUGUAUCUUCUUUCAAUGCAUUUAUCUCUUGAUUGCCAUGUCUUCCAGUACAAGGUAUUGUACUGUGCAUUCUUUAUAUGCAUUGUCUUUGUUUAUGACUCUGUAGUCCUACAACCAAUGUUUACAACAGGUGCAUCAUUUUUGUUGGUAAAUGUUCAUUUUUUUUUUUGUAAACUUUACAUGAAGUACUUAAUUCUAUGUUCCCUUUAUUUAACUGGUUGUUUUUUUUAAGAUUUUUUUUUAUCGAGUGAUAACUUCCACUUGGAUGAAUAGUGAAUUCUUAGCUCAGAAUAAGAAAAGUGUGUGUGAGAAUAUAUUUCAUCGACAUUUUAAUUUGUUAUACUGUAUUAACAUUUUCGUCAUGUUAGAACCUGAAUAGGUCUACUACAGUAGAACGAAUACAAGUUGGUCAAGACGGAAUCGUGGCAUUUUUCGUAUAUGAAUAGUUAAAAAGUGAUGUUUCCGUAAUACUCUUAGUGAAGUCAUUAAGAAUGACGUUGAUAUAAUUAUGACUUAUGCAGGUCUUAUUUCCAACACGAAUCCAAUAGUAUGCUUAAUUGGAAAAUGUAUCGGUUGGUUGUAGUUAUUACUUAGUAAUGAAAAAUAAUAAUUUCAUAGCCUAUGAUGAUUAUGUACCCUAGUCAUUAGCAAUUCCAAUGAACUUGUUGGUGGGAUACUCAAUAAAUAUUGAUCGUUCCUAGACAGUA